AUGGUAGAGCGUCUGACUACGAUUCCAAAGCAUCAGGAGGUUCCAGAUCGGCUGCUACCCCUGCUGCCCGCGCGCCUCGGCGGCAGCAGCACCCUGCAUUUCGUGUCCAUCCUCUGGAUCUGCUUCACCAGCGUCUUCCUCUGCUUCCCCCUGACCCAACCCGUCACUGGCGAGAGCAUAAAUUACGCCGCCCUCGUCACUGCUGCCAUCGUGCUCUUCUUUGUGUCGGCCUAUGUGUUUGACAGGAGGAAGAACUACCAGCCACCGCACGGCCUGGCGAGGCAGGAUCAAAGUGUUUUGGAAGAUGCGAAAAUGGACCUACCCCACGAGGAUAUCUACCAGGUGGCCGAUCUGAUGUCCAAGUACUUUUACAAUCACUUCGUCGACCAAGAUGUCCUCGCGAUUCCAGACUUGGAUUUAUUUUUAACGCCAGAGCACGAUGGGAAGGAGUUUCUUCCUGUUUUCACGUUGCAGGCGUCGCUGGUUUCUGGUGGCUUGAUACUGGGAUUGUCAGUCCAGGGCCCCGUCGCCGACGAGCGCUCGAUUUACUUCAUCUGGAAGGCGUUCUCUGAGGCAACGACACUUAUUCGAGAAGUCGCAGAUUCACAACGGUCUCAUACGCGCCACCAUGAGCCAAGAAAAAUCGACAAAUUUGCCCAAGAACUGGAGUUUGCGAUCGACGGUGAGAAACCAAAAGUCCCCGAUUGUUACCGGGAAUUUUCGCGCGGCAUUCGUGGGCAUGUCAUCCUCUUACCGCCGCGUCCUAUUCAGCGGGAAAGCAACAAGAGAAUUAUCUAUGAAGUUCAACUGCACUUUGGUGUUAAGGUGGUUGAAGAAGUGCAGCUUCCAGAGGAUCACUCCGAACAACCACAUCCAAGCAGAUUUGGCAGAUUUAGUCAGGUUCUGGGAUUUCCACGAGAGCGGAACAAAGCGAGGGCCAAGGAGGCAAAGUCUGUGGGGCCCGGCUCGGGAGCGGAGCUGGACUUUUUUUCUGACGCGCUGCAAAAGGCAGAAAAAUUUUUGGCAUCAUCCUGA